AUGGCCGCUGCAGUUGCGAAUCCGGUUGCAUCCGCGUUUUCUACGCCGAAAGCCGUAGCUCCUCCGGGCCAGCCAGAUAUUUCCUACGCCCCGGACUAUACCAAGUAUCAAGCCAGAGCUGCACGGAGGGUGCAGAACGAGAAACUGCCCAGUACCGUGCCGGAGGGGUUCCCUGAGCAGCUAGAUGGCGAUCUAGUUUGGGAGGGCGGAACUCUGGCGAAGACAUACGACUGGACUUAUGCACUCAAUGAGGACCAGUUAAUCGAGAUCGAUCAGGCAGUCAGCCAUUUCAAAUCGCUCGGUCUUCCCAUUUCACACGUUGCACAGGACACUUUCCCUCUUCCUAAGCUGCACUCGGAGCUUCGCCGCCUUUCUCACGAGCUGCAUUUUGGCCAUGGUUUCUUCGUCAUCCGGGGAAUACGAGUGGAUGAGCAUACCCGGGAGGAGAAUGUCAUCAUCUACGCUGGGUUGUCGGCGCACAUUGCUUCCCAGCGUGGCCGACAGGACCAAUUCAGUCCCUUUGACGGCAGCCCUGCGGACGUUGUUCUCACACACAUCAAGGAUCUCAGUUAUUUGCCCGAGCUAAAAGGAAGCAUUGGCUCGCCGGCUUACACAACCGAUAAGCAAGUAUUCCACACGGAUUCAGGUGACAUCGUGAGCUUGUUCGCCCUCGAGACUGCUCUUGAUGGAGGAUCGAGCAAGCUGGCUUCGACUUGGCGGGUCUAUAACGAGCUUGCAGCCAAGCGGCCGGAUCUGAUUCACACGCUCAGCCAACCUUGGGAUAUGGAGGUCAUUCAGAACACUUACAUGAAGCGGUUCAGGUUCGAGAAGAAUGCCAAGAAGAAGUUCACAGAGCGACCAUUGCUGUUCCAUCAACCUGCCACCGGAAGCACUCCAGAGCGUGUUCUCCUCCAAUAUGGCAGGCGAUAUUUCGUUGGCUUCGGGAAGCUGCCACGCAAUCCCGAGAUACCACCAAUCACUGAAGCCCAGGCAGAAGCUCUCGAUGCAUUGCACUUCCUAGGGGAGAAGUUCUGUGUCAACACUCACUUCGAGAAGGGAGACAUCCAAUAUGUGAACAAUGUCGCACUCUUCCAUGCUAGAGACGGCUUUGUUGACAGCGAUGAGAAGCGACGUCAUCUUCUUCGCCUGUGGCUUAGGGAUCCAGAGUAUGCUUGGAAGACACCUGAGGUGAUAGAGUGGAGAUGGAAACAGCUUUAUGAGGGUAUAGAUCCAGCAAAGGAGCUUUUGCCCUUAGAGCCUUUCGUGCGCAAUGCCGGGAAGGGCCGCUGA